AUGGCCUCGUUUUUUGAUGUCAGCUCUAAGAGGAAAGAUAAGAAAGAAGAAGAGGAAGGCUAUGGGGCGGCGUAUGCGAAGUUGGAUAAAACGGUAGUUUUGCAAGAGGCUCGCCUUUUUAAUCAAACACCACUUAACCCAAGGAAUCUAACUAAAGAUAUGACUGGUCCAGAGAUUGCCUUUCGAGGUCCUGCGAUUCGAGCCCUUUGCACCAUAACAGAUGCAGCGAUGGUCCAGAGUAUUGAACGCUACCUUAAACAAGCUGUAGUAGAUAAGCAUCCUGCAAUAGCGUCAGCUGUAUUGACGUCAGCAUACCAGUUGAUGCACAUAUGUCCCGAUAUCAUUAAAAGAUGGACGAAUGAAAUACAAGAAGCCGCAUCAGGCUCUCGUGUUAUGGUACAGUAUCAUGCUCUUGGUCUGUUGUAUUUAAUUCGUCAAUCUGAUCGACUUGCUGUUACAAAGAUGAUCCAAAAGUUUACUCGGUCUACUCUAAGAUCACCCUAUGCCUACUGUCUCAUGAUAAGAAUAGUAGCAAAGCAGUUGGAUGAAGAUGGGCACCCGAAUAAUCCACAAUUGUUUGAGUUUUUGGAAUCAUCGCUUCGCCAUAAGUCGGAGAUGGUUAUAUAUGAAGCAGCUCGAGCGAUUAUUAGUCUUCGAAACCUAACAGCGAAAGAAUUAGCUCCGGCCGUGGGUGUUUUACAACUGCUUUGUACAUCUUCCAAACCUGCUCUGCGAUAUGCUGCUGUACAUACGUUAAAUUCUGUCGCUAGUAACCAUCCUGCAGCAGUAACUGCAUGUAAUCUUGAUCUUGAGCAGCUAAUUGGUGAUCCUAAUAGAAGCAUUGCAACACUUGCAAUAACCACUUUACUGAAGACAGGCAACGAGUCGAAUGUUGAACGUUUGCUAAAACAUGUAUCUCCGUUUAUGAGCGAAAUAAGCGACGAAUUUAAAAUUGUCGUAUUAGAAUCUAUCCGUGAUUUAGCAACAAAAUACCCCAAAAAGUAUAUGGUGUUAUUAAACUUUUUAUCUGGACUUCUUCGUGAUUCAGCUGGUUACACGUUCAAAAAAGCAGUUGUGAUUGCUAUCGAGUCAAUUAUCAAACAAAUUCCAGAAGCUAAAAGUAUUGGUUUGUUACAGUUGUGUGACUUCAUAGAGGAUUGUGAACAUGUUAAACUAACGCAGCGUAUACUCCAUCUAUUGGGAAGGGAAGGACCAUACCUCAAACACCCUCGUCAGUUUACACGUUACAUUUACAAUAGAAUUAUGCUCGAAUCAGCUCCUAUUAAGUGCACUGCCACAACAGCUCUGGCUAGGUUUGCUGCACACAAUGAGGAACUACUUCCAAGUAUUCUUGUACUUCUUAAACGAAUUAUGAUUGACGAAGAUGAUGAGGUUCGUGAUCGCGCAGCUUUCUAUCAUUAUAUUUUAUCAACUAACCAAGUAGCACUGAAAUCUGCUUACCUUUUGAAUGAGGAAAUGCACCUAAGUCCAUCUGGUUUAGAGCGUGCCUUACUGGAUUAUGUACAAAACUCUCACACAGUCGCUAAUAGUCCUUUUUCUUUGAUGGCAGUUCCAAUAGCUGAUGUUCAGCCAAAUGAUCUUAGUUCUAUCAUGGAAUCAGAUAUUAUAAAAACUAAAACUAAACCUACUGCGAGGGUUGGUGAAAGUCGAAAUACAACGUUUGCUUCUCAGAUGCCAGGAAGACGUAUUCCAGAUUCAUACGCCGAACAGCUGGCAUCUAUACCAGAGUUUUCCCGGCUUGGCUCCAUAUUCAAAUCUUCCUCCCCAGUAGAAUUAACUGAAUCUGAUACUGAAUACGUAGUAACAUGCAUAAAACAUUUAUUCUCAAAGCAUUUAAUCUUGCAGUUCGAUUGUGUCAAUACCAUGGAAGACCAAGUCUUGGAGGAUGUCUACGUUUCAUGCGAACCAGACGAUUCUCUGUUCAAUAUUGUUUGCACAAUACCUUGCAAAAGCUUGAAAUAUAAUUCUUCUGGUGUAACUUAUGUUCUAAUUGACUUGCCGGAAAACCUGGAGUGUCAUUCUGCUACAUUUAUGAACACAUUGAAAUUCACUAUCAAAGAUGCUGAUUGUGACCUUUCCGAUCCUGGUUUAUCAGAUGAAUAUCAAUUGGAGGAUCUGGUCCUAGGUAUCUCAGACCAUGUUCAAGGCGUUUCAAAACAGAACUUUACAAUGGCUUGGCAGGAACUCAAUCCUGAAACUGAGGUAGAGGAAACCUAUAUGCUACUGAAGCACAAAACAAUUAAAGAAACAAUGCGUCAAAUUAUCGAACACCUCGGACUUCAGCCCUGUGAUCAAACUGACCAGAUGCCUCAAGAAGGGAAGUCAUCUCAUCAGCUGCUUUUGUCUGGAGUUUUUCGUGGUGGAUUCCAGGUUUUAGCCCUAUGUAAACUUGCCAAAGUGUUGUCCGAUGCAUCCCCUCAUUCUAAUGAACAGGGAAUAACCUUCCAAAUCACGGUACGAUCAUCUGAUCCUGUUGUUAGCCGAAUAAUAGCUGACGCUAUCGGUUAA